AUGAAUAUUGAUACAUUAUUAAAUGAAUCUCCACCUCCAUGUCCAAGUAUAUGUGGAAGAACAAAUGAUAGUAAUAUUUGUGGACCUUGUCCAUAUGGCACAAAAACUUUUCUUGGAAAUAAAAAUUCAUUAUGUAUACCGUGUAUUGAAAAAUUAUCAUGGUUUGAAACUUGUUUUUUAAUAUUUUAUUUUGCUGUUCCUUUUAUUAUUAAUGGUAAAAGAAUUGUACUAAAUUAUUUUUAUGUAGAUGGUUUGGGUAGAUGGAAAGAUUAUGAAAAUGUAGAAAUUUAUGAGGAUGAAAAAAGUUUUAAAUUAUAUGAUAGUGAUACAAGUAAAGAUGAAGAUAUUUCAAAAAAUGAGGAUACUAGAAUUGAAAAUGACAUAGAGGAGGGAGAUAUAAUUGAUGAAAUUGAAGAACUUGAUGUUAUUGAAAGGCAAUCAUUAUCUGAAAGUGAUUAUGAUUAUGAGAAAAGAACAACAAAAGAAAAUAUAAUGGCUUAUUUACCAUUUAUUGAACAUUUAGUUAUAUUAAUAAUAGAAACUUUAAUCCCUACAUUUGUAUCAAUAUAUUUGAUACCACCAUCAUUUAGUUUUAUUGUACAUAGUUGUAGAACAGAUGAUCUUAGAGAUUGGUAUCCAUUUUUUUAUAGUGUUCCUGAAUUUUCAAAAGAUACAAAUUUUCUAACUAGAAAAAGCAAAUCUUGUUCAUAUGAAAUAGUUUUUCCAUUAUUUUCAUUACCUAUAUUAUAUUCAAUUAUAAGUCUUUUUGUAUAUAUUAUAACAAGAACUACUAUAUAUUUAUUAUCAAGAUUUCGUUAUACACUUUCCUCAAAUCCAAUUCAUGUAGGAUUAUGGGUCUAUCCAAUACAACUUUUUUUACAUUUAUUUUUUGGAGGAAUUAUAUAUACAUAUUUUCCUUUUAUUUGUAUUAUAUACUCUUUCAGACAAUAUUCACAUGAUCUUGAUGAAUUAUCAACUCCAUUUUUAACAUCACUUUAUAAUGAACUUAAAACUAAUUUAUUAUUUUUAUUUAAAAUAAUUAUUUGUACAUUAAUAUAUUAUCUUGCAUUUUUUUCAUUAUUUUCAAAAUAUCAUGAAUCAAAAUUAGAUUUUUUUACGGCUGCUGUUUUUUCAAUUAUUCCAACAAUCUUAUUUCCUCAAUUAAAACGUUUUUUUAAACCAUUCUUAAAAGAUAAAGAUACAAAUUUUCAACAACAAAAUGGAGAAGAUUUUUUUAAUUCUGAGGAAAUGCUUCAAUUAAGAGAAGCAUUAAGAGAAAGAAGAAAUGAUUUGUGA